AUGGCCUCACAAGCUGGUCGUAAUCGCUAUGCGAAUCCAUCAACAGCAUUCCCUUGCCUGACGACGCCAGAAGGGGCGAAGUCAGUUGCUCCAAAACGUUCUGUGCAGAAGUUGCGGACGUUGGGGUCGAAGACGAUCCCUGUGGUGCAGGAAUCAAUCCACUUGGCAAAGUGCCAGCAGACUGCGAUGUUAAUGUUUGAGCUUGUGAUGUUGAAGAAGAUGCAGACGAUGUUGACGAACCAGGAGGCUGGAUGUUCGAAGAAUUAUGACUCGAAAAGGGAUCACUGA